UUCUGAAUAGUCCCUACAAAAAUGUCAAUACCAAUACCAUCUUAUGGAUUUGGUGUUCUUCUUUUACUUUGUUGUUUUGGAGUAUCCCUUUCAACAAGUCAAAACAACGGAUUUAGUGUUGAACUCAUUCAUCGUGACUCUUCAAGAUCACCAUUGUACAAUCCCACAGAAACAAAAUUUCAAAGAAUUUCCAAUAGUGUGCAUCAUUCCAUCAAUAGGGCCAAAUAUGUUAACCAAAUGUUUUAUGCUUCUUCCCACACUAACACACUAGUAUCCAAUUUAACACCAUAUUUGGGUGUCGGUCACAUCAUGAGCUACUCGAUUGGUUCGCCACCAUUUCAAAUGUAUGGUUAUCUUGAUUUGCUAAUUGACAUGAUUUGGUUUCAAUGCAAACCAUGUAACCCCUGCCUUAACCUAACAUCACCCAUAUUUGAUCCUUCAAAAUCGUCAACCUACACAAAUAUUCCUUGCGAUCACUCCAAAUGUUAUUAUUUGCGUUAUGCCAAGUGCAUUUCCGACAAUUAUCUUAGUUCCGAUACGUUUACUCUGAACUCUACGACCGGCUCUCCUAUCUCAUUCCCUGGAAUUGUGAUAGGAUGCGAACAUAAAAAUGCCGGAGGUUUCCCAUUAGAGGGGAAAGUUUCUGGCAUGAUUGGCCUUGGAGGCGGACCUUUGUCUCUUACAUCACAAUUGGAUUAUUCAAUCGGUGGUAAAUUCUCGUAUUGUUUGGUGCCAUUUUUUUCCAACUCUAACACCUCAAGUACACUCAACUUUGGUGAUGCGGCCGUGGUUUCCGGUCCUCAAACCGUCUCAACACCCAUAAAACAAAUCGAUCCCAUUGCCGUAACUUUGCAAGCAUUUAGUGUGGGAAACAAAACAAUACUAUUAGAACAACCGGCAUUCGCGCCAAUUACAAGACGAAAUACAAUAAUUGAUAUAGGCACAUCAAUUACUGUUUUACCAAUGAAGGUUUAUUCAAAAUUAGAAUCAGCCGUAGUAGAUUUGAUUAAGUUACAACGUGUUAAUGAUCCUUCACAUGAUCAAUUAAAUCUUUGUUACCAAAGCACAAUAGAAGAGUUGGAGAUUCCAAUAAUCACUGCACAUUUUCUUGGUGCAUAUUUGCAAUUGAAACCUCUUAACACCUUUAUGCAAAUAGAUGACAAGGUUGUGUGCUUUGCAUUUACCUCUUAUGAAUAUUUUGGUGGAGCUGUAAUUUUUGGAAACAUAGCACAAAAUAACUUUUUGGUUGGCUAUGAUUUUCAAAAGAAAAUUGUUUCUUUUAAACCUGCAGAUUGCACCAACCAGUGA